CUUUGAGAAAGCUACGGAGUACUUUUAUGCCAUGCUAGGGUACCUCGACGCCCUGAAGACGAUCCAGUACGAGAUCCGGCACGAGGUGGAGAACACAAUUCGGGAGGGCGUGCGGGCGCUGAACUCGGAGGUGGUGGUGGGCCUGGCGCUGCUGGUCAUCGUGCUGCUCAUCUCCCCCAUCAUCAUUCUCCUGGUCCGCAUGGUCACCAGGACGCUACAGGCGUUCUCGGAAACACUCCUGGAAAAGACGCAUGAGCUAAGCAACGAGAAGAAGAGGUCCGACAAACUGCUGUACCAAAUGUUGCCGCCGACGGUGGCUCAGCAGCUCAGGCAGAGGAAGCAGGUGUCGACGGAGGUGCACGAGUCGGUGACGGUGUACUUCAGCGACAUCAUCGGCUUCUACGAGCUCGCCGCUGAGAGCACACCGCUGCAGGUGAUCUCGCUGCUCAACGUCAUCUACAAGAUGUACGACUCACAGAUUGACUGUUAUGACGUGUAUAAAAUCGACACCGUCGGCGACGCGUACAUGGUCGCCAGUGGACUGCACAUGAGACGGCCCGACACGAAUCACGCGGCGGAGGUGGCCCACAUGGCCCUGGACCUGCUGACGGGCACAGAGAACUUCGUCAUCCCGCACAUGCCCGGGGAGAAGCUCAAGAUCAGGAUCGGAAUCCAUACGGGCCCGGUGGUGGCUGGUGUGGUCGGCACUAAGAUGCCGCGCUACUGCCUGUUUGGCGACACCGUGUCAACCGCCUCACGUCUGGAGUACACAGGCCAACCGUUCAAGAUCCACAUCUCAAGCGCGACCCGCAGCAUGUUGGAGCCCACGCAGGGAGGCUUCAUCGUGGUGCCACGUGGAGAGGUGGACGUGCACAGGAACAAACCGAAGAUGGAGACGUUCUGGUUGGUGGGUCGCCACAACGACACUAAAAAGCGGAAGGAGAAGAUGGAACGAGAGAACAGCACGAAGGUCAGCGGCAGCAAGAAGAAGAAGGGCAACCCGUCGGUGAUUAAGAAGAUCCUCUGCAAAUAACGCGUCCCUACGUUGACACAGCUGAUGGUGGCUUCGCGGAGACACCGGCGUUGAAAGGUUGUUUAGAGCGGCGGAUGGCUUUGGUUCGUGAGCCGAAGCGACUUCGCCAAGCGGAAAAAAUUGUUGCACUGUGUAGGUAUGCGCAGGCCGACGUGGCCAUGGAACUUCGCACAAUAUCAGUCAGUCUUCCCGCCCUGUUUGUCGUCUUCGUUGAGUUACUGUGAGCGGUUCCCUGAGGGAACACUGGACGACACGGGAUAAAUGGUGGACAGUGCACGCCGCUGUGGCAGCCGCGUUGUUGGUACCAUGCCAGUACCAAAUAUUCAGAGCCCUCGAUGAUCACUGACACACUGGUAGAUUGUGGUAUCCUCCAGGCAAAACAGAAGGUGUUUUGAGGCGCUUGGGCGAGACUUUGCUUUGUUCUCAAAGUCCCCAGUCUAAGCUGGCUGAUUUGACGACCUUCGCCUCUUUGACGACCUUUUCUAUUUGAACAGAAGCUACUUGAACAGAGGAUUGAAACUACUGUGACGCCGUACACUUGGGUGUGAUUAUCAAGACGCUGACCUGUCGAAGUAGUUUUUAGCUAUUUUUCACAAAUACUUGCAGGAAAAUCCAUAGUUGGAUUGCCAUGUUUUCGGUACAGACUUGUCCGAGCAUAGAAAUUUUACGAUUGUCCUAGAACAUACGCCAUACAUUGCAGUUGACCGUGGAUGCGACAGCCUUAAGAGAAUGAGGAUCAGCUGGCACUUUUUCUUCGCCAGCCCCUUAAAAUACAGAAUCGGGUGAACACAGGCUGCAGUCGCCAGUGCCGCGUAAGGCCCCAUUUGUGCCGAGAAAGCUUAAAAGUAUAAGGAAGUUGCUGGGACAAAACUGUCAAAUCUUGCAUCUGUCGAUUGGGAGACGUUUGAAUUAUGCUUUUCUGAAUAAAGUUAUCGAAGCUGCUGAAAUACUUGCCACCCGCUGUUGUCCACCAAUCAAUAUUAUGUCACCAUGCACAAGUCUGCUCCUGGAAGGGUAAUUGAUUAUAGGAUCAUGAUUUCAUUUAUUUUGGCACCCUCUAGUCAUUUUAACCCGUAAAAAUCACUGAGGAAGUAGAAGCCGGGUGCCACAUGUGAUGAAUCUUUUGCGUUAAGAUCCUGACGCAACGCUUUCAUAAAGAAAAAUAUUCCAAUGCUCGCUGGAAGUAUUUGCCACGGGAACAAGCAAAAAGCCA